UACACCCAGCUGAUAUCAUAAUACAUUAUACUAAUAUACUAUGGCUUUCAAAUCUACGCUCUUGUUUGCCACUAUUCUCUUAGUUACUACAAGGGUUUCAUCUCAAGCUCAAGGUUAUCUAGAGAAAGACGCCAAAAUCAUUGACUGGCUAUUUCCAUGGAUCGACUUUGGUUGGGAUGAUGAUCCACCUCCACAUUGGCACCAGAAACCGCCAACACCGUCUCCACCACCUCCGUCACCAAAAGCACAACCUCCACCGCCGCCACCAUCACCAAAAGCACAACCUCCACCGCCGCCACCAUCACCAAAAGCACAGCCUCCAUCCCCUCCACCGCUUCCACCGCCUCCAGUAGCUGCGCCGAGUCGUGCACCCACACCCGCUCCCAAAAAGGCACCUUCUCUUGUGCCCCCAGUCAAGACCCCUCCGCCUCGGAGCAAGGGCGACAGUGAUGUUAACGGGCUUCCUAUUACACCGUUCACUCCAGUACCACCAGUCAUUCCAUUGAUUCCGUCUGUCGACCCAAAGAGUUCCAGUCCUCCCAGCACCAACACCGAAUCCAACCCCAACACCACCGCAACCCCUCCACCACCAAGCACACAUCAAUGCACGUGCACUCCUCCAAUUCCAGUAAUUAACAACCCUAACCCGAAUCGUAAUCCUCAAUUCAAGGCCCCGCCGGCACCACCCUCUCCAAUCAAAUCGCCAAGUACUCCACUAUCUCCUCCAGUGAAGACCUCGCCUCCGCCAGCAACUCCUCCACCAUCACCAACUCAAAAGAAGACAUCUCCUCCACCUCGUCGGAGAAAGAAGAUUCCGCGUCCUCCACCACCACCCGUGUCAAAGGAGGAAGAGGACGAUGAGGCUCCGGCUCCAUCACCUAAACCUAUGAUCAAAGCACCAGCUCCGAGGCCUAAUCUGAUGGGGAAAGCACCUCCUCCAAAACCUAAUCUGGUGCCGAAAGCACCAGCUCCAAAACCUAAUCUGGGGCGGAAAGCACCGGCCCCACAUGCGAAGAAGAAGAGACUGCCUUUGCCACCACCUCGGAGGAAGAAGGCACUGCCUCCACUACCACCACCAUCCGAGCAGGAGGAGGAAACUUCGGUUUCCUUGCCUUUCAAAGAUGACGCAGUUUUGGCUCCUUCACUUAAACAACUGAGGAAAGCACCCGCUCCCAACCCCAACACCACCGCAACCCUUCCACCACCAAGCACACGUCAAUGCACGUGCACUCCUCCUGUUCCAGUAAUUAACAACCCUAACCCUAAUCGUAAUCCUCAGUUCAAGUCCCCACCGGCACCACCCUCUCCCGUCAAAUCGCCAAGUACUCCACGGUCUUCACCAGUGAAGACCUCGCCUCCGCCAGCAACUCAGAAGAAGGCAACUCCUCCACCAUCACCAACUCAAAAGAAGACAUCUCCUCCACCUCGUCAAAGAAAGAAGAUACCGCGUCCUCCGCCACCACCCCCGUCAAAGGAGGAAGAGGACGAUGAACCUCCGGCUCCCUCACCUAAGCCUCUGACCAAAGCACCAGCUCCGAGGCCUAAUCUGGUGGGGAAAACACCUCCUCUAAAACCUAAUCUGGUGCCGAAAGCACCUCCUCCAAAACCUAAUCUGAGGUGGAAAACACCGGCCCCACAUGCGAAGAAGAAGAGACUGCCUUCACCACCGCCUCGGAGGAAGAAGGCACUGCCUUCACUACCACCACCAUCCGAGCAGGAGGAGGAGAAGGAUACUCCGGUUUCCUCUUUCAAAGAAGACGCAGUUUUGGCUCCUUCACUUAAACAUCUGAGGAAAGCACCCGCUCCGACGCUUGAUUUCGUGUCGAAAGGACCUCCUAAGAUCAUAGCACUCUCUCCUGGUGUGGUGGCACUGGCAACAUGAUCUCCUAAGAUCAUAGCACCCCCUCCAUAACUGUGGGUGAAUUAAUGCACUGUCUCCGUCACUACGCUGAAACUGGAUCUCUCAUCCAUACAGAUUCGAGUGCCUUGAAAAUUUGAAAUAUACUCAUUUUGUUUCCUCUUCUUAAUUGAUACAAUAUGAGCUAUAUGCAAUUAUGUAUUGAAUAAACAAGAUCAUUUGUUUUUUUUAUGGAAACAAGAUCUUUUGUUUUUUUAUGGAGGCAAGAAAACUAAUAAAUAUAAUGGCCUUUUAUCAGUCCUUAA